AUGUCAAACGAAACAGAAAUCGAAAUAAAAGAUCUCAGGCAAGCGCGAGGUAGACUCAGGUCGCAAUUAACAAGGUUUCAAUCAUUUUUAACUACGCCGAAUGAUCCGAUUGAACUGGAAGUACGUUUAAGCAAAAUCGAAUUAGGAUUAGAUCGUUUUGAUGAAAUACAGUCGCGUUUAGAAAUAUUAAAUAUUGAGGAAGAAGAGCAACGUGAAGAUCAAGAAACUUUAUACUAUCAAUUGAUAGCAAAAGCAAGAAGUGUUUUGGCAAGCAAAUUCAAUGCUCAGAAUUCCCAAGCGACAAAUUCAACAACAAAAAACCCGGACCUUGUGACAAAUUUGAAACUACCAACCAUUAAUCUUCCAAUGUUUUCAGGAAAUUACGACGAAUGGAUCACAUUUCAUGAUACUUUCACACAGUUGAUUGACAAAAGUGCAAGCUUGACAAACAUACAAAAAUUCUUUUAUCUCAAAUCUUGUCUAAAGAAUGACGCAUCACGUUUGAUUCAAUCCAUUGAAGUUUCUGAUAGGAAUUAUUCUUUGGCAUGGGAGUCAUUAGUAAAACGCUACCAAAACAAACGAAUAAUCGUCAAUACUCAUAUAAAAGCUUUAUUCGAUCUCCCAAUCGUUAUGAAAAAUUCAGCAGCCUCAUUAAGGCAACUUACAGACAAAAUAAAUCAACAUUUAGGCGCAUUGGCAAAUUUGAAAUUACCCACAGGUCAAUGGGAUAUUAUUCUUGUUCAUUUAAUUACAUCAAAAUUAGAUAACAGCUUGAACCUAGAAUGGGAAAAUUCUUUACAAAACGAUGAACUUCCUUCAUAUCAGGAAUUGAUUAGUUUUCUAGACAAAAAGUGCUUUACAUUAGAAACACUUUCCGACUCAAACAAUAAAAAGCCUUCUUAUCAAAAUCAGAAAUUCUCAACUGCACAAGGUUAUAGAUCACAAGCAAAUAGUUCUGGUUUCAAACAAAAAUUUCAAGAACAUUCGUUUGCAAUCACUGAUCGCAACGGUCAGAAAUGUCCCCUAUGUAAAGAACUACAUUUUAUUUACAAUUGCGAGAAAUUCAUAACAUUGCCAACUAGUGAUAAAUACAAUGAAGUCAGAAAGUUGAGACUAUGUAGCAACUGUCUUCGUCCCGGUCACGUAAAAAGGGAAUGUAAAUCAGGCAAAUGUAAGAAAUGCAAUCUGAAUCAUAAUACUUUACUUCACAAUAAUUCUCAACAGCACAACGCAGCCAAGUCAAAUAACGAAUCUUCUCAACAAUCAAUUAAUGAUGAAUCACGAACGGUAUCGAACAUAAUCUCUCACGAACAGUCAACCAAUCUCGUAACGAACUUUUCGAAAUGUAAAGAACAAACGAAAUCAAACAUUAAGUUACAGGAAUUAACACAUCAGGACGUUUCAAGCGAAUCAAUUUCCAAUUUUCAUGUCUCGGAAUCAAAAAUAUUGAAAAACACGAACUCACACGAAAACACUCUGGUUCUUUUAUCCACAGCUCAAGUAACAAUAUUAGAUAAAUUUGGAAACCCGCAUAUUUGCAAGGCUCUUUUAGACUCAGGAAGUCAGAGUAAUUUGAUAACAAAGGAAUUAUGCGAAAAGCUCAAAUUAAAACGUCAGGAAUAUCAUAUACCGAUAGCAGGUAUCAAUCAAAAAGCGAUCACCGUCACAGAAAAGGUUCAAAGCACAAUCAAAUCUCGAACCACGUCGGCCAGUUAUGAUUUGACAUUUUUAGUGCUACCUUCAAUUACCGAUAGAAUACCACCAAUAGAAUUCAAUAAAAAUUCUCUUCAGUUACCAUCAGGUAUAAGUUUGGCAGAUAACGAGUUCAAUCGAUCUCAAAAAAUAGACAUUUUACUCGGGGCAAAUAUUUUCUAUGAAUUGAUGUGUCAAAAUCGCAUCAUUUUAGGGAAGAAUAAACCAAAAUUACAAGAAACCACAUUAGGUUGGAUCGUUACCGGCACGAUCAAUAUGAAUAAAUGUUCACAACAGAGGUCAAUCUGCAGCUUAACCCGACUUAUAUCAAAUGAAAUGCUAGACGAAUCAUUGAUUAGAUUUUGGAAAACUGAAGAGAUACCUCAAAGAACCAUUUACACGAAAGAAGAACAGUAUUGCGAGGAUUACUUUGAAAAAACAACGAUUCGUAAGGGAGAUGGCAGAUUUGUUGUCAGACUACCUUUCGCAAAGCGUGUUCAGGACAUAGGUGACUCAAGUUUGGUCGCAUUGAAAAGGCUCCAAUCCAUUGAAAAACGGUUUAAACGCGAUGAAAACCUUAAAAAUGAGUAUGUAGAAUUCAUGAGACAGUAUGAAGCGAUGGGUCACAUGACAUACGUGAAAAACUUCGAUAAUUUUAUUGAUCAACCCUCAUAUAUUUUACCACAUCACGCCGUAAUCAAAAGCAGCAGUACAACGACUCGCUGCCGCGUAGUUUUCGAUGGGUCUGCACAAACCGAUAAACAAAUCUCGCUCAAUGACUUAUUACUCGUAGGACCUAACAUACAGGAUGAUCUUUUCUCAAUUGUUACACGCCUCAGAUUACGUCAUUAUGUUUUAAGUGCUGAUGUUAAGAUGAUGUUUAGACAAGUUGUAAUACACCCUGACGAUAGAAAAUAUCAGAGAAUCAUAUGGCGAUACAAUGAAUCCGAACCAAUCAAAUUGUAUGAACUCAACACGGUUACUUAUGGAACAGCCUCGGCAAGCUAUCUCGCAACCAAGGUGUUACAACAAACAUCAUUUCAAUUCAACGAAAAAUAUCCACGUACAUGUAGAAUAAUUCAAAAUUCUUUCUAUAUGGAUGAUUUACUCACAAGUGUUGACACGGUUGAAGAAGCCCUAGAAAUUUACAGGGAAAUAACGGAGAUAUUGGACAGCGUUAACUUCCAUCUAAGGAAGUGGUGCUCCAAUGAAAAGGUUAUUUUAGACUCAAUUUUAGGCAACAAGAAAAACGACGAUCAACUUAUACAAUUAAGUGAUAGCAAAGAGUUUAAGACUCUCGGGAUUUCAUGGAAUCCACAUUCCGAUACAUUCAGUUAUAGAGUCAACAUUAGACUUCAAAGGGAAGUAAUCACGAAACGCUCAGUUCUAGCCGCAAUAUCUACAAUUUUUGAUCCGCUAGGACUUAUCGGUCCCGCAACAAUACAAGCGAAAUUACUCAUGCGACAGUUAUGGCAGAGAAAGAUUACUUGGGAUGAACCUCUACCAGAGGAUAUGAUCAUGCCAUGGAAAAAUUUCUUGAACAAAAUCUAUACUAUAAAUAAUAUAAAUAUAAAAAGACACGUACUUUGUGAUAACCCAACAGUUGUUGAAUUGCACGGAUUUAGUGACGCAUCCGAGAGAGCUUACGGUGCAUGCAUAUAUGUAGUCUCAAAAGACAAUCACGAAAACAUAUUUUCAGAGCUUUUAUGUGCAAAAUCAAGAGUUGCUCCUCAAGGAAGUCACAGCUUACCAAGAUUAGAACUCUUAGCAGCAACUUUGCUUUCGAAUUUAAUGCAUCUCCUAAAGAAAACACUAGAUAUAAAAAUCUCCAAUAUUAAUUAUUAUUCAGAUUCAACAAUAGUAUUAGCGUGGCUCAAAAUUGAUCCAGGUAAAUUAAAAACUUUUGUAGCAAAUCGUGUUGCUCACAUUGCGGAAAUCACUAAUAUAAAUGACUGGCAACACGUAAGAACGCAAGAUAACCCAGCGGACGUUAUCUCCAGAGGCAUAAACCCUGAUCAGUUAAGCGAUUUGAAAAUCUGGUGGCACGGACCUGAUAUUUUAUUAGGAAACGGAGAAAAUCAUACGAAUAGAAAUUAUGACUGGGAAAGUAUCGAAAAUAUUCCAGAAAUUAAAUUAUCCACAAUUACACUUAAUUCAAGUUCAAAAAAUCAUUUUGAUUUGGAUAUAUUUGAUAGAUAUUCAUCUCUGCGAAAAUUGCAAAACGUCAUAGCUUACUGCAUCCGAUUCAAACGAAACACUAUAGACAAGUUAUGUUUAAAAUCAACUCUAACCAUAGAAGAACGCGAUUAUGCAUUGAACUUGUUAAUACGACUCGCACAAAAGGCAGAAUUCUCUCAAGAACUGCACAACAUCGAAUUGUCUCGGCCAAUACAUUCAAGUAGCAAACUUGUUAGUCUCAAUCCAUUUGUAGAUAAAAUUGGUUUAAUGAGAGUAGGUGGCAGAUUGAGACAUUCUGGUUUAGAAGAACACCAGAAGCACCCUAUAAUACUGCCAAAGGCUCAUAAACUUACUAAACUGAUCGUAGAACAACAACAUUCAAAACACUUACACGCAGGGGUUCAAAAUCUUCUCUCCUUGAUAAGAUUGACAUAUUGGCCCAUUGACGGUAAAAACUUGGUAAAACGAGUGGUGAAGUCCUGUAUAACGUGCUUCAGGGCGAGACCCACACCCACAAAAUUCAUCAUGGGAGAACUUCCUCGGGCAAGAGUUACUCCAAGUAGGCCAUUUUCAAAAUGUGGAGUGGACUACGCAGGACCUAUCAUGAUAAAAGAAGGCACAUUGCGACGCUCGAAAUUAGUAAAAGCUUACAUAAGCAUUUUCGUGUGUUUGUCAACACGUGCGGUUCAUAUAGAGUUAGUGAAAGAUUUAACAACUGAUAGCUUCCUGAAUGCACUCAAAAGAUUGAUUUCUAGAAGAGGUAAACCUACGGAAAUUUUCUCAGAUAAUGGUUCUAAUUUCGUAGGAGCAAACAAUCAUUUCAUUGAGUUGCACAAUUUGUUAAAAACUAAAAGUCACAAAGAUAAGAUUGAAAAUUUACUCGCAUCAGACGGAAUUAAAUGGUCUUUCAUUCCCUCAAGGUCCCCACAUAUGGGCGGAAUAUGGGAAGCAGCGGUCAAAUCAACGAAAUUUCACCUUUGUAGAAUAUUAGGAAUGGCUUCUGUUACGUACGAAGAAACCUACACAAUUUUAGUUCAAAUCGAGGCCUGCCUCAAUUCCAGACCCUUAACUCCUCUCUCCUCAGAUCCAAACGAUCUUAUACCCCUCACUCCAGCUCACUUUUUAAUUGGAGAAUCUCUCGCUGCUGCUCCUCAGUCUAAUGUACAAGAUGUGAAAAUCACCAAACUGUGUCGUUACUUAAGAAUGCAACAGCUAGUUCAGCAAUUCUGGUCUCGUUGGACAAAGGACUACCUUACCCAAUUACAGCAGAGAUCCAGAUGGCAGACAGCAUCAACAUCUCCAAAAAUAAACGAUUUGGUCGUUUUGAAAGAUGAAAAUCUUCCACCAUUUCGAUGGCCAAUGGCUCGAAUAGUCCAACUUCAUCCAGGAGCGGAUCAAGUGAUUCGUGUUGUGUCAGUGAAGGUGUCAACCGGUAAUAUUUUCAGACGCUCAAUUAGCAAAAUAUGUGUGUUACCAAUUGAUGAUGACUUAAAGUCAGAACAAUAUUAA